AUGUCAGGCCACAAGAUCAAGAUUGCAGCUCGCUUGAGACCUAAAAUCCCCGGCGAGAUUGACGACGAGGGCAUACAAGUUAUUCAUGCAGACACUGGCUCUAAUAUACGCGUUCCCAACCCUAGAGACCUCUCUCAAAUAUUCAACUUCCCCUUUUCUUCCUGCUACGGACCGGACUCAACCCAAGGGGAGAUAUUUGAGAAUGAUGUUGCGCCCCUCAUCGAGGUUGUUUAUAGUGGUGUCACUGUCACGGUCUUUGCAUAUGGCGUCACGUCUUCUGGGAAAACUCAUACUAUGCAAGGCAACAAGUCAGAGCCUGGUAUCAUUCCUAGGGUCGUCCGCGAAAUGUUCCACCACAAGGCUACCCUCAACAAGGCAUCCGUCGACCUUGUUGUCUCUUACAUGGAGAUCUACAAGGACGAGUGCUACGACUUGCUUGUUCAGAGAGAAACCGCCCCUAAGCUGCCUGUCCGCGAGAACGAUGCAGGACAAGUAUUUGUUGCAAACUUGACUUCUAUACCCAUCGACUCUGUCGAAGAGUUCGAUUUGAUAUAUGCGCGUGCCUCCAAACAUCGUUCUGUUGGAUCAACUAAUUUAAACAACGCCUCCUCGCGUUCGCAUGCUGUGCUCACCAUUGAGGUCACCAUGACGGACUCAGAAGCACACACGACACUAACCGGCAAGAUCAACCUCGUUGAUUUGGCGGGGUCCGAGAACAACAAACUCACUGGCAACGACUCCAUCCGGAUGGCGGAAUCGGCUGCAAUAAACAAGAGCUUGAGUGUACUCGGGCAAGUCGUUCAUGCAUUGAAUCAGGGAGCUUCUCGGAUCCCUUACAGAAACUCGAAGUUGACACGCAUCCUCCAAGACGCGUUGGGCGGCUCAUCCGUUGGAUUGCUAAUUUGUAAUCUCGCGCCGGGGACCAAAUUCAGACAAGACUCUCUCAACACGCUGAAUUUUGCUGUCCGGACGAAGAAUGUCGAGAACCGGCCAGUAGUGAAUGAACGAGACACUAGACCACAGCCCAAACCCCAUUUUGCUGCGGUACAAGCAGCUGCACCAAGACUCCCCCCUGCGGUUUUGCAGCCAAGCCAAAUUUCUUCCAAUAAUCUGCCCGGCCCUUCGAGGGGCCGGAUUUCAAUCGGCGGCGCCGGCAUGACUACUCGUAAUGGACCACGGCCUAGUUUGGCUGGCCCACCUUCUCGAAUGCCAAGAGCAAGCAACGCGUUCAUGGGCAAGGGGCGCCCUUCCAUCGGAGGUAGCGGUCUUGCCAUGUGGGGUGAACAGCCGUCCAUGCAGCUCACUGACGUCGAUCUCGACGAACGGAUAGCACGCGCUGUCGAGGCCGAAGUGGCUCGGAGACUCAAAGAGCAUGAGAGGCAGCGUGAACGAGAGGAGGCGGAGAAGCGAGUCAAGGAGGAGGAGGAAGAGCAACAGCGGUUAUUGCAGCAGCGGGAGUCCAGUAUCACAAUCAGUGAUUCAGAGAGGACGUUCUCGUCCUUUGACUCGCAAGAUCGACGUUCCCAGUCCAUGUCCCUUCCGUCUGGCAUUUUGACACCUCUACUCCGUAGUCACAGAGACCUCGAUAGCCAGAUGCGCUCAAGGCUCCGCGAAAUGGAGGAAAGGAUGGAAAUGGGCAACAAGGAGACGAAGCUAGCCAGCGUCCAGUCUCCUUCCUCGAGGAAGAAGACCGGGCGCGCCUACGUCUCGCUGGCGCGUGCGCACUCUGAGAAGGGCGAUUUACAGGUUGCGCUCGACCUGUAUCGGAAGGCCGAAACAUAUGUUCCGGACAAUAUUAAGCUGAAAGAGAGAAUACUGGAAAUCGAGUGGACGAUCAAAAACGGGCGCGAGUUUGUGCCGAGCCCGCGCAAAGUGCGCAAGCCGAAGUCGAAGAAGCGGAAACCCCGUAUGGCUACGACGGAGGAGUCGGACUUGGACGCGCAGACAACGGAGGGAGGAGAAAUAGAAAUUCCCGUGGCUGGUCCCUCGGGGUUAGACCCCGUGAACGUACCCUUGAAGAGAAUCGUAGAGGAAGACGAGGACUUUGAGGAGGAUCAGGUAGAGUCGCUACUCAAGCGGGCGCGACACGAGGAAGGAGUAAAGGUAGAGGAAGUUUAAUCAGCGUGGUGUGUUUUGUUUUCCUAUGCUUUCAUGACAUGACGACGAUAGUCGAGGUUUUCGAUACUUUAUAUGGGACGUAAAUAUGCAUGUUUUGUAUUACUUUUAAC